AAUGUACCUAAAAGUUCAAACGUCAAGUUUAUAGGUUAUCAAAAUCCAAAUCAGUUUUUUAAUCUAAUAUGUAAAAUAAUUAAUUAAUUCACACAAAUCAUGAGGCUGACAAGAUUGUUGAGGACAAAAACGAACAGAUUCGACGAGAUAAUCAGAUCGGCGAAACUAACCUUAAAUGAGGCGCCCCAAAUAUUGAAACAAAUCAGGGAGGAGAAACAGAAGACACUUUACGAGAAAAUCGUCAGUGUGAACAAAUGGUACAUGCAAAUGAUCGGUAUUGAUAAAGUUAAAACGCUGCAAGAUAAAGUCAUGGCUUUGCAAGAUGAUUUGGUGCAAGUGCAAGAGAAACGCAGGGAAAUUGACGCUAAGUUGAACGACGCGCGGGUCAGCAGGAGUGAUAUACAUGAUGAAAUGACCAAAAUUGAUAAAGAUGUGGACUUUCACAAGUACAUAGAGCUGAGAAAUCAAGAAACAGAGAUUUUGAAAGUGAUACAAAUGUUAACAAAAACCUACAACCAAUAUGAUGGCACUGAAAAAGAACUGUUUACAUCCUUAACAAGUGCAAUUAGAGACUCAAAUGAGCAACAAAGACUACAAAUGGAACAUUCCAAAUACAUUGGUUUGAUUUUGUCAAUUGCCAGUUCUUUCCUCACAUUUUUCUUUGCCACUUUAAGGAAAGAGGACUUGAAGAGGUAUAUGGAUAAAACUUUAAAUUCUGGACAAAUUAAUGUAUCUGAAUUAAACAACACCAUCCAAUUAAAUUCUAAUAAAUUAGAAAACGUAUUAAAGGACUUAAAAAGUAACGAUGAAAAUUUAGCGGAUGCGUUAAAUAGUAACAAUAAAGUAUUGAAAGAGGUAUUACAAAUUUUAAGCAGUUUAAAAGAACAGCCAGAAGUUUAUCAGUAUCAAAAAGGGAUAAAUCAGCCUCAAAGUAACCUAAUAAAAUUAGUAAAACGGGUUCCAAGCAAUAAAUUACCUGAAAAAGAAAUAACAGACCCUGCAGCAUUUGAAGACAAGGAGGAUCCAGAACAGGUUUUGCAGGUCAGACCAGGCCCAAGUGUACAAGAAUAUAUUUUGUUAGGAUUGUGUAGUCUUGCUGUUAUUUUGUAUUUUAAGUCUGUAUAAAAUGUAGAAAGGUAUUAGAUAAUAAAAAUGGAAAAAUUA